AUGUCUAGACCCUCUGACUUGUCUGAUACUCAGAAUGCAAAGGCAGCAGUGUCUGGUUUAAAGGUGGGGGCAGAAAAACAAACCCAGAAGAAUGUGUCCAGCCAGAAACAAAUGUGGAUCGUCACACCUUUUUCCUGCUGUGACCCAGCAGCAGGGUUGGAAGCAGGGCAAGCUAAGUGCGGUGGAGGAAGUGUGGGCACCAACAGUCACCCGGACCGACGCUCUGCACUUGUCUCGGUCUCGCUGAGCCCUCCUGCCAUGUCCCUCUUGCUUCUCACCUGUCUCUGGUCUGAAAGUACUUAUGAACUUGGCUUUUUUAGAAACAAAAACAAACAUGUGACAGGAUACAGAGGACUACUCCUGGCUCUGAUGUCUUCACCAACAUGA